AUGUGUUAAGCAAGGAAGGUGAAUGGAAAACUAAUAAACAAGAUGGAAAAUGGGUGGAAAUACAAAAUAAACGAUUAAGGAACCGAUUUAUUUCAAAAGUUGGUACAGCGGUAACUGGAAGCCAGUCGCGGUUUCGGGCCGCGGUGUGCAGUACAGAGUUAUUCAUAACUAAUGUGCAUAAGGAAACUCAAGAACAGGAUAUUGUUGACUAUAUUUUUAAGAUGACUCAGGUACGGGUAGCGCUUGAGAAAGUCAUAAUGAGAAGAGAAAAGAGACAUAACGCCUUCAAAUGCAGUGUGCCUUACAGCAAAUUAAGUUUAUUUUUAAAUGAUAAUAUGUGGCCGGACGGAAUCUCGUUUAGGCGUUUCGUCAAUCUGGGACAACGGAGUGCGGCGGGCGUAAGGCAAUCUCUUAAUGAAUAAGUUAGUUUCUUUUAAUUGCAAGUCAGUGAAGCGUUCGGUGGAGAGUAUCAGGGAGUUAUGUAAGACGUCAGAUAUUAUUGCACUUCAAGAGACAUGGUUGUGGCCUCAUGACCUGUGCUUUCUGGCAGAUAUUGACAAAGAAUUUGGCUACACAGGCACGUCGGCGAUUGAUACUGCGGUUGAUCUGUUUCGAGGCAGGCCGUACGGUGGGGUCGCACUGUUAUGGAAGAAAAGUGUUUUUAACAUAGUGAGCGUGGUUAAUUGUGAUAACACUAGAUUAUGCGCAAUUAAAAUAAAAACUGAGAAUAGACAAUUUAUUGUGUUUAGUGUGUACAUGCCAACGAAUUCUAUUGAUAAUUUAUCAUUGUUCACGGAAUGUCUCGGUCAGAUUAGUGCUAUAGUGGAGGAACAGGAAGUGGCGGAAGUUUUUAUUUUGGGAGAUUUUAAUGCCCAUCCCGGUGAGCUAUUCGGUGAAGAGUUGAGUAAUUUUUGCAAGGACCAGGAAUGGAUUUGGGUAGAUGGGCAGUUCUUGGGAGUCGACUCUGACUCUUUCACCUAUAUUAGCGAAGCCCACGGAUGUCGUAGGUGGCUUGACCACUGCUUAGCAACACAGGCAGCAUACAGGUCAGUGCAGAAUGUAAAAAUUGAGCAUAAUGUAUUGUGGUCGGAUCACUUUCCCCUUAGUAUUGAAUGCGACCUUACCAGACUUCAACCAAAAUUAGUUUUAAGUAAUGAUAGUAAUAAUAAUAACAUGUUUAAAAUCAGAUGGGGCGAGAGAAAGGCGCACCAAAUAGAGAGUUAUUAUAAUUAUUGUAACGAAAAACUUAAAUACAUUGAUUUUCCAGAAAAACUGAUAACAUGUAACAGUUUAUCAUGUGAUAAUGUAGAACAUAGGCGCAUUUUGAGUGAUAUGUACUGUGAGAUCAUUAGCAUUUUGUGUAUGGCGGCUGUUAACAGCUAUGAAUCGAAACCUGUUAAGAAAAAGAAGUACAUUACAGGGUGGAAUAGGUAUGUAAGCGGUGCGCAUAAAAGUGCGAGGCAAGCGUUUCAGCAUUGGGUUCUUGUGGGUAAACCUUUGUCUGGCUAUGCCCACAAGGAAAUGUGUGACACUAGAAAAUAUUUUAAAUCUAGAUUGAAGUGGUGUCAAGACAAUGAAGAUCAAAUAAAAAUGGACAUCAUUGCUUUACAUCACUCCAAUGGUAAAUUCCGUGACUUUUGGAAGCACACAAAGAGAUGCAACCCCAAACCUAGUCUUCCUGUAAGUGUAAACGGUGAAAGUGAUCCCCAAAAGAUUGCCAAUUUGUUCAGUAAGCAUUUCAGGGUAGACUCUCCCUUGUCAAGUGUAAAUAACGAGCAGUUCGAUGUGGAGCCCCGUCUUUCUACUGGCCACACUCUUACAUUUAGCGUAAAAGACGUAGCUCGGGUGAUUAAGUCGAUGAAGAGAGGUAAAUCACCGGGGCAUGAUGGGCUAAGCAUCGAACACUUGCAACAUGCGGGGCAACGUGGGGGCAACAUCUACCUCGGGUACUCUGUAUGUUUUUUAAACUUUGUAUUGUGCAUACGUUUCUGCCAUCGCAAUUAACGCAAACACUUGUCGUACCCAUUAUCAAAAGCAAGACAGGUGAUGCAUCCGAUCUAAGCAAUUACAGGCCGAUCUCUCUUGCAACGGUUGUGGGUAAAGUGCUCGACAGUUUGCUUAACAGACACGUAGAGGAACAAGUCGAUUUGCAUGAUGCGCAAUUUGUUUUUCGCAAGGGCUUAUCAACAGAGAGUGCUAUUAUGUGCCUCAAGCAAACUGUCGGCUACUAUACUGACAGAAACACUCCGGUUUAUGCGUGCUUCCUCGACCUGUCCAAAGCAUUUGACUUAGUUUCAUACAAUCUGUUAUGGAAAAAGUUAGGAGCAAUGGGCGUGUCGAGUCAGCUCGUGCAGUUGUUGAAGUUUUGGUACGGAAGUCAGACGAACUGUGUACGAUGGGCCGAUCAACUGUCGGAGCCGUAUAAACUGGAGUGUGGGGUACGACAGGGCGGGUUAACGUCUCCCUUGCUUUUUAAUGUAUAUGUU